ACAAAAAACAAACCUGCAAAGAGACGAAAGAAGCUUCAGGCUAAAAAUCUCUGUAAUCAAGAUAAUAACAACAACAACGUCUGAACUGUGUCUAGAAGCCCGUGAAGAGCGAAGAGUGAAAAAGGUUGUUUUGUGUUGUCUGGCGAAACUACUCAAAGUUUGAAUUUCUGACGAAAUAUUAACUAAGGAAAUCUUUUCAAUUCGUCCCAACGAUACCAAGGCAAUCGCUUGUGUAUUAACUCACUACAUCGGGCAGUGCCAUUUGCUGCGGGAAAAGCAGCUUAUUUGGCCUUUUCUGCUGGAUCCAAGUGCCAGCAGCCAUUGUUCGAUAGGGUGGAUUUCCAUCCUUGGUGGUGUGCUCCACACAUAGAAAAGCGCCCAAGUUCGUACACGUAACGGGGAACCAGCUGGGUAACAAAAGCGCUUCGGCAGUGUGUGUGGGCUGAAUCUGAAUUUUUCCAUCAGCCUGGCGUACGUGCGUGCGAGUCGAAUGCGGAGGAGCGGGAGAGCACGAUAAAACACGGCAUCUCGUGUUAACGCUAGAAAGAGAGCAACGAGUCCCCUAAACAGGGUUACCUACAAUCGUGAGCAAUACCAAUAGUCAUAUCAGCAAAACAGCGCCAACAGUUGUUGAUUACUUUGCCGCAAUACCGUAGUGCACAGUAAGCAGUUUGAAAGCGAAACGAUAAAUAAUAUUUAAAUUAAACAUCGAUGAAGUGGUCAGGAAAGUGCAAGUGAGAUCGCAGUGAACGCUCGGCUGAGCGAAGAAGCGAGAGGGAGAUAGAGAGAGAGAUAAAGCCCGCGACAGUAGAGCAACGCAAAAGAAAAAGAGCAAGUUUGGUGAGCAGUGUUUGAUAGUGUGCGAAGUGAAAGUGAGUUAGUGGCAGUGCGAUAGCCUCGUAAGGCAAGGCCGUGUUGCCAGUUUUACUAUGUGACGAUUGAGCGAUCGAGUCCCCCGGUAGAUUUCGCAGCGGUUUUUAUUUCAAUGUUCCUUCCCGAAGAAGGACGAACGAAUCAUAACUAAACCUCACACUUCGUAAAAACAAAGCCCAAGACUGUUUACUUUCAAAUGCUUUCGAUGCGUCCGCAUCGGCUAUAUUUGUGUAUUUUUCACGGAAAAAGUGGUUACGAUGCCGUUCCCAGCAUUAAUUUUGGUCUGCUUCUGGCUAGAGUGAGAAGAUUGAGUUGGGUCUGACGCAAAAGCUUACCGUGUUAAUUUAGAACCACUGCAGCUAACGAGAAACAUUAAUCGUUUGAAUACGAAAACGGUCGUGAGAAAACUAUCGGUUAGACACACCUUAUUAACACAGAAAGCCCGAAACUAAAGUCAGCUGUUUGGCCUCCGUCUAAACGACAGACCAAAAGAAUCACAACCAGUGUUGUUGACCAGAAUCGACCUCCUGGAUUGACUGGAUAGUCCAUAUUAUAUCAAGCCAGCGCUUCAGCAAAUAGGAAAACAAGACAAGCUGUCUAUUAUCAAGUAACAGGAUUCCGUUGAUUGGUUCGGCCAAACGAGUCCAGUCCGGCAAAAUAGCCAGCAUCCCUCGCAAAAUUUUUAGCCCAAUUUUGAAAUACGGCGGCGGUAUUAACUUCCACCGGCCAAGAACACAAUUUGCGAUACAAGGGUAUGGUAUAUUUUCUGGGCGAUUGGGGCAUGGGAGAUAUUGAACGUAAUACGGCGCAACAUGUACCUACAAAUUUGCAGCAACUCAAUUUCCACAACUUCACCAAUAGUCGCCAACUGCAGCAACAUCAGCAGCAGCAGCAACAGCACCAAGAGCAACAGCAGCUGCAAGAGCACUGUUCUCUGCAGUACAAUGUUGUCUACCAGCAGCAGCAGCAGCAGCAGCAACACGAGCGAUCUCAUGCUACUGACGCAUUUUAUGUAACCAAACCUGGCGAUAACCUAUCCGCGUACUUGAAGGAUGUGCAUCAGCCGCAGCAGUUACCGUUUGCAGGGCGACAAACUGGCAACCGGUUGAUCCUUCCCGCCGCUCAUCAGGAUAUCGCUGACCCACGCUUGUUGUUACACACUGAUGGUUCUCAACAUUUGCAAAACUCAAUUCAGCAGCAACAUGAGCAGGAUACGCACCACCUCCAUUACCAUCACCACCACCAACAUCAGCAGCACCCGCAUCACGACACUGAAAGUGAUGAGGACGAGAUCGCUCUCUACCCUCUCAACAAUCAGGUUGGCGGCCACACCCGAUUGCUGUUGCUGAACCAGAGUACUGUGAUCAAGCCACUCAACCUGCGUGAACUUGAGUUUUAUCAAAACAUUCCCAGCGAUAUACAGCAGUUCGUUCCAAAAUAUAGAGGUGUGAUGCAAGCUACAACCAUGGGUGGCUCGAAGCUCGACAAGCGCUACUCGCCCAGCUUCCGUGACGAUUCGGCACGAAAGACGGCGGCUUCGAAGAGAAAACGCGAAGAAGUGCUACGGAUGAAAAUACAUAAAAAUGGAAUACCUUCUGAAGUGUUAAAAAGUAUUGCACAGAUAGACAACUCUAACAAGCAAUAUUUUCUAAUGCUGGAAAACAUCACGUCGGCUUAUCGGCAACCGUGUAUUCUCGAUCUCAAAAUGGGCACCCGACAACACGGGGACGAUGCAUCCGCUGAGAAACGUAGCAAACAGAUGGCCAAGUGUGCCGCGAGCACGUCAGCCUCCUUGGGUGUUCGGUUAUGCGGCAUGCAGGUCUACCAGGCCGAUCUCGAUCAUUACAUGAAGCGCGACAAAUACUGGGGCCGCGAGCUGAACGAGGAUGGAUUCAAGGGUGCGUUGCAGAACUUCUUCCACAAUGGCUAUCGAUUACGGGUCAAGGUAAUCGCCAAAGUGCUGGAUAAGCUGGAGCAACUAAGGCGUGUGAUUGAGAAACAGUCCAGCUACCGUUUCUACUCUUGCUCGUUGUUGAUAGUUUACGAAGGUUACGAAGAUCCGGUUACGGUAACGGAUAGUACCUACCCUUCGGACGCCGGAGAUUACCAUCUGUUGGAGACGGAAUCAAACUCAUGCUGCUACGACGCGGAUGCAUCAAACAGCUCGAUCGAACAGUUUUUGCACUCAUCAUCCAACGAGGAAUCUCCGAUGCCAUCAACAACUUUCGGACCCAAACGUGUUCCAACAACGGCUCACACGGCAACAACGGACGGUGAAGCCUUUGCAGCUGCCUCUGAAACCACACUGAUUUUUCCUGGGCAACAUUUUCGCAAUCUGGCCGGUGGUGAGGCUGCUGCAGUCGCAGAGACUGUAGACAACAGCCGUCAGGAGGAAAAAAGCAGCAGUUCUUGCGAACGACGCAGUACAGACCACAAGGUUCCUUUUGUACCAAUAUCGGAGGAAACUAUUUAUCCUGGAACCACGGAUGAGACGUCGUUGGCGAGCAAAUCUAUUCCAUUGCCACUGCCCUCGUCAAGAUCGAUCGGCGCUGCGAGCGCAGCUCAACCCAUGAACAGCUCCAGCCCGCAUUCGAUGGACUCGUGGAUGAACUACAGCAGCAAUAGCAACAGUAGCAGUGAUGACUAUGUGGCGGCUUUCGUUGUACCAAACCACGUUCCAACGGCAUCGACCGACCUGCCGGACGCUAGCUCCGAUUUUGAUGCCAGUUUCGAAGUCAACCGAAAACCCGCGGGCCACCACACGGUAGACGGCGGGUUCAGUUCAAGCAGUAUUACGUUCGGGCACAGCCUACUCGACAGCACCAAAAUCGGUAGCAGAAACGCAGCCAACGAUGGUAGCGGACCUGUUGCCUUCGGCAGUGAUUCAGCAGCGACGUUUAAGGACAAUCGCGAUUCAAUCACGUUCGGAAAUAAUACUGGUAAUGGAGGUGCGGUGGACGGUGCGAGUGCUGGGCAGCAUGACAACUCGGAUGCCGGCUAUCACGAAGAUGAAGAGGUCGAUGACGACGAGGAAGAGGGUGAAGUGGACGACGAGGAAGAAGAACGGCAGCUGUUGCGUCAGAAGAUGACGGGCACCAGUUCUAAACGAGCUCGCGGGAAGGAAGGUGGUACUGUUGCUGGAAGUGGAGCAGGUGGUAUCGGUAAAAAAUCAAAUCUCGUAGGUUCCUCAGCUAGUGGAACUGCCUCCUCGGGUGCUAUUUCCAUACCUUUACGUCGGAAGCUUAGUUCCAAAUCGAAAUCUGCUUCACUGGGCGGAAUCAGUGGUGGUGGAGCCGCUAGCCUAGGUAACGGAGCAUCUAGCACGGUUGGUAUGGCGGACGUGAGAAUGAUUGACUUUGCACACACAACGUUUGAGAUCAAAAACGGUGGCGCAUCGUUUUGUGCCACUGCAAACGUUAAAGUACACCACGGACCGGAUAGUGGAUUUCUGCGCGGUUUGGACAGUCUCAAGCAGAUUCUGACAGAAAUUUGCGAAGAAUGCUACUGAGUUACGGAAUAGUGCGAAGGUUGUCCGAGUUUGAAUGGACGGCGAGGCAAGAGAGAAUAAGAGACAUGCUGCGAGUAAGAGGAGUAGAGUAGGGCACUUGAUGCAGUUCGUUGAGUAAAAGAGGAUUUUUAGAAAAAUUAAAAAUACGCAAAAGGAGGAAGAGCUCUUUGGCGAAAUUUUCAUGUGCAAUACGCGAUCAUGUUCGUUUUGCUAUUCAAAACAAAUGUAGUAAAUCGGGACACACGGUAGGCAAAUGAUGUUUUCUAAUUUGUUCAGUUUUUACUCUAUGGUGAUUUCCAGUUUGGCUUUUGUUGUGCGUUAGGAACACACAAAAAAACAAAUUUUGAUGUCGUUUAGGCAGAGAAUCGACCUUGCCCGUCCCGGUGUUGCUAGAAAACAGUGGGUACCAGCAACCGUCUCAUGGUGUUUAUAGUUUGCAAAUAGUCCACACUCUGUCGAAAGAUGUUCACCUCAUGUAGACUAGUGGCGACACUACUCUGAGAGCAGCGAUCAGUUGAAACUCGGUCGGGAAGUAAAGGAAGCGAGAAAUUCUGUGAAGAUUGUGAUACUAAGAAAGCAUUUGUUCUGCGUCCUUACGACAAAGCACACGCCAACAAAAUACACGAACCAGAGGUACACAAACAAACGAAACCUACCGUACCGGCAAACCACUAGUUUACUGUAUAUACGUUAGGUACGAAUGCGCUCAAUGUGUUUUAUUUUGUUGUAUAUUAAGUCGUGCGCUGUGUAUGUGUUUGUUGUAGGCAGUCGAUGCUUGUAAUUAUGAAGAUAAAUGUGGUUUAUAAUAUGAUAGAAGCCAUUCUCUUUUGUCGUCUGUACUUUAUGUGGAUUUUACCUUUGUUUAGCGAAAAUGGAGAAAAUAACACACUGUUUUCGAGUAGUAAACUCAGCCGUUUUUUUAUUUGCGAACUCGCCAUUUACUCUGCAUGUUUACGUGCUGAAUGGAACGAGGGAAAACGAGAGAGAGGUCGUCGAACAUCGUUUACUCGACGUCGGAGUUAGCCUACCGUUAUUAUGCCGAGCCAUAGUGUACCGCCAAAAGUCGAUUCAGCAAGAAAACAAAGGCCACAUAACUAGCUUUAGUCGUCUGUAAGUGGACACACCUGUUUUCCGUUCACCACCGAUAUAUUUUACUGCAAAUUAUUUUCUUUUUUUCUCAUUUGGAUUAGAUUUGGCGACGGUUUAGUAUUGCGCUAGUGGUUAUAGGAUCGGAUUCAACAGAUAUUUUUUCUUUGACCUACGUACAGAAGCUGCGUUGACAAAAUCGCGUUGUCACAUCGCAUGUCUACAAUUAUGGCUUUGUCGUUUUAUCUGUUUUAGCUUAAAUUUUACUUCUUCCAAAAUAGAUAAAAUCUCUUCCCGUACCUAAGUCUCGUGUGUUUGUGGUUGUUUGUGGAGUGCAUAGGCGAACUCUCAGUCCCGAUUGUCAGUAUUACUUGCUGAGUAAAUGUGGUACAAGAUGACGCAGGCAAGAUUAUGCACACUUCCUAAUAUAACCUUAUCUAGUUCAGAAUGCAUCAUACGCUGUCAACAUCGCUUUACAGAAACGCAAAAGAAAUCGUACUACAGUAAGACGAAGACGAUGGAUCGUUUAAUCCUUAAUCGCAUUAUUUGUUACUCUUUGCGCGUCAAUUAUGGGUUAACACUUACGCUGGAAUCCUGAUGUACAACAUAAUGCUAAGGCGUGUAAGAAACAGAGAGCGUUCAAAACCGUGCGACAAGCAUUCUUUGGUCACGCACAUACCCUUUUAUGCAAUAAAAUGUACAUGGCGAUGCACACAGUACAAUAAAAGAAAUGACAAAUCGAAAAUGACCAAAAACUACAGCAAAACUCUUCUCUACUUGUCAUACAUCUUUGUUCGUUUUGUAAAGAUAUGUAAUUUACUACUGCAAAGUAACAUAGCCACUUUUAUUGCCAAUUUCUCGCGUAAACUACGAUAGAUAUCAAACACAUACGAAAAGAGUCUAUAUUUGUGUAAUGACGUGCAUAUAGAUUCCUACUAAAACCUUAUCUGAGAAUAUUGCAUUUUUCUUCUCCAUUACAUGCAACCAUGUUACCAACUAGAUAUCUGAUAAACGGACAGUGCAUUCUGCACAACUACCCCCAAAAACCGGUGGAAUUUAAAAUGACUGCAAUAUUUAUUCUCGAAUCUUUGAAAAAAAAAACGUAUUUAUAGCAACACACAAAUCUACGCUAAAUAUUCAUUGGUUUACAAAAAGUGCUUAUUGUCGUUAUCUGAAAUUGGAUUGUUGAAUUUGUUUGUAUCUUCGUGUACGUUGAAGACAGAAAGCAACAGAUUGAUCCGAAUUUGAAAAUGGCAGUCGAAGAGUGUAAACGAAAAACAAAAAACUAUUGAUCGAAGCUCGUGAUGGUUUUAAAGUUUACUAUAUUGCGAUAACAGCCGCUGGCAAGUAUCGCGUGCGGUGGAAGUACAUAAAAAAUAUUUAUUUGUAACAUAGUAACACAACUAAAAAACGCAAUAGGGAUGAGGUAGUGUAAUUGAAAUAUGGAGACGAAUAAAACAAUAUAUAUUUGGAAAGGCAUCGGCUUAAA